CCUCAGCCAAGGAAUUAGAUGCAGUGAGAACAGCUUCCUUUGUACUCCACAGAAAUCACAGUGAAUGCACAUAAAGCUCUGCCUAGCUAUGCAACGAAGUAACCCCUGGCAGAUUUCCACAAAUUUGGAUCUAUCAAGUCCUCACAUCUGGCUUCCUCCCUGCUUGAAUGACUGUAGUCUGUUUCUGUUCAGCUGAAGUUCUCCUGAAUUCAUAACAGAGAUCUACAGAAACCAGCCGUGUGAAAUGUAUUCUUUUGGACUCAGAAGUCUGUCUGCCUUACAGCAUCUGUGCAUGGUGUGGUGUUAAUAUCUGUAAGACAGAACAAACAGUGAGGAGGCAAGCUAGUGCAAAAAGCUGACAAAUUGAGAAGAAACUUUUGUUUCCGUCUCCUUCCUUUUCUUCUUGCUUUGUGCUGCUGCUGGAACAAGAAUGGGUCAGCUAUGUGGACGAUGCAUGCAGCUCCUGCGGGACUUCAUAGGCUUUGUUCAGAGGAUGUCCUCUGACUUGGUGCAAGGCAUCAAGGAAUGCUUAACUCUGAUAAGCAAUUGCUCCUGCUUAAAACAGAACAGCUCUAAAAACAGGCAGCUGUACAAGCCCAUCCUACAGCCUCAUGAGAGAGUGACUGCACAGGAGUUUCUGCAGCAUAUUGAAACAGAUUUUGAAAUGUCUCCACUGGGAAAGGACCCUCUGGAAGCCUUGAGGACCUUAUCCUUUUCAGAAAAUCCAGGUUUGCAGCAGUCAGCUGCGCUCUAUUACUUGCACGUGAGUCAGCACAUGAACAUCCCCCUGCCCGUGGAACAUCUGGAACCCUUCUAUGCCUUACUACGUUCUGCUGACCUGGAAGUGCAGCAGAUGUCGUCCUUGUCCCUUGUCAACUUCCUGCUGGAAGGAAAUAUUGACAAAGAAUUAGUUGUCCAAAUGGGUUUACUUGAGCCAAUUCUGGAUCUGCUUGAAUCAGAGGAUCCCACUGUCCAGUGUAAUUCCUGUGCCUGCAUCAUGACUUUGGCUGUUUCUGAGUCCAACCGAGAGGCUAUUGGUGCUGCUAGAGGAGUUACACCCCUACUGUCUCUUGCCAAUUCCUAUGAUCCCAGAGUCCAGCAAAAUGCAGUUGGUGCUAUUCUGAACCUCACACAAUCAGAGAAAAUCCAACAAGUUCUAUGCAAGGAAGGAGCCCUACCAGUUCUUGCCUUGCUGCUGGAAUCUCCUGACUCAGAAGUCCAGUACUACAGCUGUGCUGCCCUGAGCAACGUGGCAGCCAAUGUUCAGCACCACAAAGCCUUGCUGAGACCCAGUGACAGAUUCCUGCUGCGGACACUGAUCUCUCUCCUGUCCUCUUCUGUGGACAAGGUUUCAAGCCAGGCAUGUGUUUGCCUAAGAAAUUUGGCUACCAGUGUGGAUAUCCAGGCUGAGAUGGUUGCUGAGAAUGUCCUGCCCCAGCUGUGCUCUCUCCUGGCCUCUGGAAGCGAGGACGUGCGCCGUGCCUCCAUCGCUCUGCUCUGGAUACUCUCCCAGCACUCACCCAACCAGGACACUCUGGCAUGUGCUGAGCUCCUGCAGAGCCUGGGGAUAUUACUGGCAGCACAUAAAACAGACCCUGUGAUUGUUGGACAUACUGCUUGCAUCAUCAGAAACCUGUGCCUUUCCAAAAACAGACAGAGAAUCACGGAGAGCCGCUGUGUCGAAGGUCUCCUCCAGACCCUGCUUUUGACCGACACUCAGGAAGACUCCCUUCAUUACGUGACAUCCUGCCUUGCUGAGCUAGCAAAGCAAGAAGGAGCCAUGUUACACAUGGUCCAGUGGAUGGAUGAACCUUUGACAAGGUGCUUGGUGAGACUGGCUGGCCAACUGGAAUAUCCUGAGCCUUCCUUUCAUGCUGCCUCCAUCAUCCAGCACAUGAUCAGUCAUGAAAAAAUGAUGCUUUUUUGGAAAUAUCACAUUGAAGAGAUUCAAGCCUACCUCAAGAAUUUUCUUACCCACCAAGAGGUCCGUUUUCAGCAGCUGGGCAUCUCCACACUCUGCAGACUACGAGCAGGGCAAGCAGAUGUUCAGCCAUCUCCAGGAAAACUGGGUUCCAUCAUGUGUAACGGUUACUUGGGAAGACGCACACUGUAAGUUCAAACACCUCCCUUUCCUCUUCCUUCCCCCAGCUUUAUAUGCCCAGCAUGACAAUGUAACAUAUGGAAUGUUCCUAUGGUCUGCUGGGGUCACCUGUCCCAGCUGUCCCCUCCCAGCUUCACAUGCAACCCCCCCAGGCAGGUGGCGUGGGGUGAGAGGCAGACUCUGUGCAAGUGCUGAUGAUCAGUAACUAAAACAUCCCUGUGCUACCAGCCUUGUGUUCAGCACUAACCCAAACACGGCCCCCUUUGAGCUACUGUGAAGAAAAUGAACUCUACCCCAGCCAAAAGCAGCACACUGUCUUUUGAGGCACUUCUGACCGUCCCAUAGCUCUUAUGUGCAUGUAGAGCUUUAGAGCUGACACUGGGUACAAACAUGCUAUAAAAGUGAGAUUAAAAAAAUAGUUUAAAAAAGUUAUUCUGUCAGUUAAGAGCUCAAUGUUCCAUUUUAUUAUAGCUCAAAUCUCUGAACUUAAUUUUGGUGCUUGAGGGAGGCAUUUUUGACAAUUAUUUCUUUUAAUAUCUGCAAGUUCUUUCCAACGGCACUGUUUCGGAAAAAACAGAACAAAACAAUGCACCUCCCCUCCAAAAAAAAAAAAAACAAAAAAAACAAAAAAACCAACCAAAACCCCAAAAAAACAAAGCAAAAACAAACAAGCAAAAAAAGUAAAACCAACCAAAACCACACUCAGUGCAGUAAAAGGGCCUUAUGAAAUUGCAGGGUAGACAGAAACUUUGAAUAAAGCAGUAUGGGAUUUUUAAUGUUCAUCCAUGACAGGAAUUUCAUUUUGAAAUCUCAUGUGACAAACCAUGUGCUCAGCCUUGGACAGGUGGACUUUCUAAAACAAAGGACUGGCUGAAUGACACACCUGGGAACAAAAACGUCAUACUGUAAAUCACCCCUGUGGGUGAUUUUAGAUCAGUUUCCAAAAAGAAGCAGUGCAUUAUUAAGUAAUGAUAUUAGAAUGUGUCCUGUAUCUGUAUUCUUAGGUAAUCUCAAACAUUAUUUCAAUGUCUUAGCAAGAAAGCUAACAAAUAACAAAGGACUCUUCAUCAGGAAUGAGGAGAUCAAAGACAUGAAGCAAACAGAGCUAAUGGAGAGCAAUGCAGCAGUUGUGAUGUUUUGAAAUAACUCACAGAGCAUCGUCCCUGUGAGCAUCGAUGCCGUGCCGUGGAGAUGGGAGCACAGAGCUGAGCCUGCCCAGAGCACACAGCUCUCUGCUGGGGAAGGCUGCUGCUCCCAGCCCUCAGAACAGCUCUCUGCACCUGCUACUUGCACCUCACACAGCAGUUCCACCUCGCCCCUCAUGGUAUGAACAACACAACCAGUUGCAAUAGCAGGCA